CCAGCACACCCGCUCUCCGACAUACUACGGCGCUACACUCGUAAAUUAACCGCGAGCUUUCCACACAUAAAACUGCUUUCUUCGGUGUUCUAGUAACGUUUGUGUUUACGCGCCUAGACUCUGAGAAAUAGAGGCGAGGUGCUGCCGAUUUAGGUCGCCCGGUUCAGUGCUAAGCAGCGGGAUAUUUUUAUUGCUACUGUUGGGUGCAGACGUACCGAGUCCCGGAGCACGUUACUAGUUAAAUAAAUUAUUAUUUAUAGCGUAGAAUCGUAAAGCUCAUUCCAUAAACAUAUAGUAAUCCCGAACCGUGUGCCGCCGGUUGAUGGUCGAGUGCGCGAAGGAUUUACAGUGAUUGACUCGUUUAAAGAGCUAUGAUGACGCGAGACGGAAGAACGAUGUGAUUGAUGUGUUGGUGUAAUUGCUGCAUUUAGGUGAAAUCGUUGACAUUUUAGUGCAUUUUUGUGAAGUGUAGUGUUGUGAAGAUGCAUCAUCUGUAUGUGCAAAAGGGGGACCCGUUGUGCCCGCUGGGGUUCCACCCGCAGGUGCGGUGGCCAACGCGGUGCAAGCGCUGCUUCCGCGACUACAAGGAGCACGGCGGGGGCAACGGCCGCGGCAGCACCAACCGCGCCGAAGACUUCACCGCCUCCACUCCCAGCCUUUCCAGUUGGAGCUCGCCUGCGUCACGGGGCCGUGACGAGGAAAAUGGCGCAGACAGGGAGAGGUCGGGUCGAGGGUGGGCGUCCACCACCAACCUCAGCUCGGAGCCGCCCAAGAAAGACGCCUUCUCCACGGGGUUCGGUAAACCGAAAUCAUCGUGGACGUCGACGCCGGACCUUGCCGCGGAGGAGACGAGUAACGCAGUAACCGUCAGCCUGAAGCUGCCCAAACGGCGGCUCACAGGGCCUCUACCCGCCUUAGACACAGGCCAGUCUGCAGCCACUACAGACACAGUGACGCUGCGCCGGCCGUCGCCGUCACCGCCGCCCGUGCCCGCCUCCGCCAGUCUCACCAUCAACAAGAAUGAUUCACUGGCCGAGCGCGUGCGCAAGAUGAACUUAUUAAAAGCUCAAAACAGUUUCGAAAAAGAAUCAAGCCUAGAAAAGGAAAAAGAGAAAACAAGGAGAAGUUUAUCGAGAAGCAAAGAAGAGGAAAAACCAUCUAGAAUAAAAGAAACCCCACCUCGGUCUUCAAACAAAGAUGACGUUAACUUUAUGAUGCAGGUAAAAGAAUCAAGAAAUUCCUUAAAGACUUCCAAACCACCUAUACGCGGCGGGCCCUCACGAGAGAAGGAGGAAUCUGAUGACGACGCAAGCACAGCAGGCACCACGACCACUGAGGGGACCCUUGUUGACGCUAAUGUUAAGGACUACCAGGACCAAAUAGAAGGACUAAAGCAAGAAGUAGACAUUCUACGAAAACGUUGCGAGCGAGUCGAAAAGGAGAAGAGCGACAUAUUGCUUAGAAGGCUCGCAAACAUCGACACCGCCAACAAGUAUACCACUGGGCGGUCAUCGGAGGUGCUCAAGCUGCAGCAGAAGGUCAACGAACUGACCUCGCAGAACGAAGACUUGAAGGAUGAGAAGAAACAUCUCAAUUUGAAGAUUAAGGAGAUUGAGAGUGAACUUGAGUCUCGUCCGUCCGGCGAAUCACUAGCGCGGCAAGUGGAACAGCUGCGAGCGAAGCUACUAGCCGCCGAGACGUUAUGCGAGGAGUUGAUGGAUGAGAAUGAAGAUAUGAAAAAGGAGCUUCGCGAUCUUGAAGAGGAGAUCGAGGAGAUGCAAGAUAAUUUCAGAGAAGACCAAGCGGAUGAGUACUCAUCCUUAAGGAGAGAACUGGAACAGACUAUAAAGAAUUGUAGAGUAUUGUCGUUCAAGUUGAAAAAGACGGAGAGGAAAGCAGAACAGUUGGAGCAGGAGAAAUUGGACCAAGAGAAAAAAUUACUAGAGAUAGUAGGCGGCCAAGGCGGCUUAGACCGCGUGCAUCGCAUCAAGGAGCUGGAAGUAGAGCUGGCUCGUUCCAACGAGGUGGCACUGAGACUCCAGCGUGAGCUUGCCGAUGCCAAAGCUUCCCUGGCUGGCGCACCACCCGCCAACCUCAAGAAGGCUACCAUGCCCGUUGAAGGCCAAAAGGUGUCCCGCGCAAUGAUGACCCGCGGCGGCAGCCAGGAGGACCCGGCGCAGCUGCUGCGUGACCUGCAGGACUCGCUCGAGCGCGAGGCCGACUUACGCGAGCAACUCAAAAAUGCAGAAGAGGAGGCUGACCGAUAUCGGCAACGCUUCGGUGGCAGAAGAAUACCGCCGCCACCCAAAGUCAUCAUCCAAUCUUCCCAUCCUGAUCUCAUCCCUUCAAAUACAUCCACCAAAGAGUCUCUCGAUGAAAAUACGAGCCAAAGACUUCGUAUACUUGAGAUGCAACUUGCGCUAAAUAAGUCUAUAUCUGCUUUAGAUGUAAAUCACUUGUCUAUCGGAGUUAAUCAAACUACUCAGGCACCUCAAGAUCACCUACAAUGUUUUUCCCAAGGGUGUCAAACGGAUUUAAUAAUGGUACACGAUGUAGCGACUGAAACUCGUGUAAUAACACUUGAUUCAAGUACACAAUGCGGUAUUGAAACUCUCGACACCGCCGCUCAGACCGAAGCACCGUUUAUGAAAAAUAAAUGUAUACAGACAGAUGGAUUCAGAGAGAAUGGCACUCAAACAAUUAAACAGAAAGUGCGAAAUGCUAGUGUACAAACACCAAACAAGAUAAUCAGCGAUAAAGGUCAACAAGUUACUAGUUUCCUAUUAAACUGUGUGGAUGCUAGUACACAAUUUGAGCCAAUUAUGGUAUUUAAUGAAGGAACAAUGACAGAUAAUCUUGAAGUAUAUGAUCCCGUUGUGCCUGUAGUUAAACUGAAUGAAAACGAUAGUAAUGAUGGAAGCAGUGUUGUAAAGAAUCGCUCAAAAGAAAAGUCUGACAGUCCUCCACUUGAGCCAGACAAAACUCCAUCAGAGACGUCCACAAGUCCUCUAUCCUUCCCUUUCGUGUCCAUGUUUAAUCCAUUGGCAGUAAGAUUACCAACAAUAGCGGGUCGUAAGUUAUCACCAACGCCUCCACCAAAUAGACUUUCCAUUGAAGCUCCAAAUGAAAAAGACGAAGGAAUAUCCGAUGAAGAAGAUCCCGCUGAGUUGCGUAUCCUUCUUGAACUCAAUGAACAGGAAGCUGCGGUUUUACGGCGUAAAGUAGAAGAAUUAGAACAAGACCGAGAUUCCUUGAAAAAACAAGUAAAAGAAUUAACGGAAAAAGUUGCUGCAGCUGCCACGAAAACCACAAAUAAUACGAACUCGUCAUUCGGUUUAAGACGAAAUGCACCAAAGGGUAACAACUUAGCUGAAGAAAAAGUAAAGGUACUUGAGGACGAAAUAGCUGAAUUAAGAAAGAAGCUUAUUGAAAAGGAAAGAGAUUGCGAAAGAUUACACGCUGAAAUCAGUUUAAUGCAAAAGAAACCAAAAGCAUCAUUAAUGAAGAGCAAGUCCUUGGACCUGGGUAAUAACGACCAGCAAACUGUCGAUUUGAAGAGACAACUGCAAGUAAUUGAACAAGAAGCCACCGUUCUUCGAUCCAAAACGCAAAGUUUGGAAGCUGACAAUGAAAAACUACAGGCUGAAAAUAAGAAAUUACAGCUCUUCAAAAACACAAGGACGCUAAGAUCUGAAAAGUCAUCUGAACAAUCUGCAGCAAAAGUUUGCAAACUGGAAAAUGAACUAAAAGAAGCCCUUACAAAAAUAAAGGAACUAGAAAAUAACAAAGACACAGAUGAUAAAACGGAAAAGAAGGUUCGUUUUGGUGGCGAAAUUACUAAAAAGGAUAGCGAUGCUCUAAAAGUAAAGCAAGAGGAGUUAGACAAAUUAAAAUUAAACUAUAACAAGUUGGAGAAAGAAAAUGCCAAACUACAAGCAUCCUUGAAAGCUCUCAAAGAAGACGCCAUUAAAUCGUUCAAGCCGCGAACACCAAAGAAGUUAACGGACCUGACUACGAAACUACAAAUGAAAAAGAUGGUAGAGGAACUUGAGAGUGAGAUUGGAGAAUUAUAUGUGGUAAUGAAGAAUGCUGGCCUCUCAGAGAGCACAAUAAAUGCAAAAACACAAUUGGAGAAAGACAUUGAAGAGGCUAAAUCAAGAUUAAAUAAAAACGAAUCAGAUUUCACAAACGAAAAAAAUAGGCUACAAACUGAAAUUGCUAAUAUGAUGGAUCUCAAUAAAAAGUUGGAGGCAGAAAAAUCAAGUUUAACUGAAAAAUGUAAAACAAUCGAACAAACUAAAAAUAAAGCCACAAAUGAAUUAAAGGCACUGAAAGAAGAAAAGAAAGAACUGGAAACAAAAAUAAGUAAAUUAACCGAUGACCUGAAAAACUCCAGUACUCAACAAAUAGCAAUGGCAGAUUGUCGGAAAAAGAUUGAAGAUCUCAAGAAGGAAAUGGAUUCUAAAGAUAAAGAAAUAGACAAACUUAAGAAACAAGUGGAAAACAUUAGUAAGCUAGAACAAGAUAAAGACAAAUUGCUAAAGGAGGUUGGUGAUAAGACAAAGAAAAUUAAUGAGUACGAAAAGAAAUUGAAGGAAGCUGAAGAAAAGUAUAAGAGAGCAGAGAAAAUGCUAGCCUCUCGAAAAGAUCGUGUUUCAAAAUUAGAAAAAGAGCUAUCAGAGGAAAAGGAACAAACCGAAGCACUCGCCCACUCCCAUAGACGUUUAUCUGUAGAAUUUACAAGCGAAAAAGACGAAAUACAAACAAAACUGUUUCUAAGUGAAAGCAAACUUAUAGACUUAGAAGCGAACAUAAGAGAAAUGAAGAUCGACUACGAAAGUAAAAUCACCCACUUAGAAUCAACUGUAGCAGCUAAAGAUAUCCAUAUAAAGCAACUGGAGGAAGCGCUGCGAGAAACAUCAAAUCAAAAAUAUGACGAAGCUGUAACUGCCGUAGAGAUUGCUCACUUGCAAGAAAAGGUUGAAAAUACUGCAAAAGACCUUCAACAGAAAGAAGACGAACUAAAUAAAACAAAACGAGAUCUAAAUAAAGCAGAGAACGAGUUAUCCUCAUUGCAAAUUGAAAUGUCUUCACUAAAAUCUGACUUAGCAAAAGCAGUAAAUGAACGAAAAGACCUUGAAAAUACGAUACAAUCUGAGAAGAAAGAUUCUAGUUACUGGGAAAGUAAAGCAUCUGAAUUCGAUACCGAUCUACAGGCUGAACGCAAAAAACUGGAGAGAAUGCGAAUUACUCAUGAUAAGGACAACAAGAAUAAAGAAGCUGAAUUAGCAACACUGAAAGGCAAACUAAAAGUUCUGGAACAAAGCUCUGGCGCGGGCGCCAAAAGGAUAUCUGAUCUCAAGCAGGAGUAUGAGGAGACUGUCAAAAAAUUAGAACAUUCACUAGCUGUAGAAAAGGCAGAAUAUGAAGAGUUGACGGGUAAAUACGAAAUGCUCGAAGAAGAGCACGUAGUGACUAAAGCAAGACUGACGGUUGAAAAGGAACAAGCGCAGAGUGAAUUAAUACACCUGCAAAAAGAAUUAAGCUCGACUUUAACGGAGUUGAAAACAAUGCAAGAAAACUAUGAAAAGCAGUCUGCUGCAUGGACUAAAGAAAAGUCAGAGUUACAGAUCGAGAUCUCGUCUCUACAAGAGCGCCUGUGCGGCGGGGGCUGGGAAGUAGAGCGCGCGCGCCUGCAAGCUCGCCUCGACCAGCGGGAGCGAGAAUUGAGAACUGCCCAAGAGAACCGCGAUGUGCUGACACACCAACAAGAUGCGACUAAGAAGGAGUUGGAAGAAGCUAAACAAAUGCUGGAAGACUACGAGAGAGUAUCCAAGAUACAGAGGAACUUGACAACUGAGAAUGCAGAGUUAGAACAGGAGUUGACGAACCUGCAAGCGAGACUCGAGCAAGCUGAAAAGGCGAGGAAGGCCGAAAUCACAGAUACCAAGAUGAGAUAUGAUGGUCAAAUGAACACGAUGAGAGAUGAACUUAAGUCCUUACAAAAUCAGGUGUCGAGAUUCAAGCGUGAACGAGACAAUUACAAACAAAUGCUGGACGCAGCACAAAAGUCAAUAAACGAAAUCAAGAACGGCGACAAGAACGCACGCGCAAAGAGGACUUCUAUAUCUAGCACGGACGAGGAGGAAUACCGCACCAAGUUAGCAACGUUAGAACAACAAGUGGCGUGCCUCGAGGACGAGCUCUGUGACUCCAGACUGAAUGCAUCAAAACUUAACACAGAACUCAUUAGCGAAAAAUCUUCAGCUGAAGUACGCUUGGCAGAGAUGCAGUCGAAGCUAAAUGAGUAUGAGGAAGAAAGGUUGCUUUCGUCUGGGCGGGCCCGUAUUGCCGGUUUAGCGACGCGGAUGGAACUCGCAUGGCAUAAAGAGAGAGACGAACAACAAAGAUUGCUUCAAGAAACUUCUACACUUGCUAGAGAUUUACGGCAAACGCUAUUCGAGGUGGAACGCGAAAGAGACAAGGAGAGGUUAGAUAUGAAACGAAGAAUAGAUCAGUUGAAGAGGACCACCGAAGAAGAAACGGAAGAAGCGAAAAAGAAGGUGACAGAGCUGCAAUGUGACUUGCUGGAACUUCGAGACGCGCACGCCAAACUGCGUACAGCCAACGAAAAGCUGCGUAGAGAUAAAGAGCGUCACGACCGCGACCGCGAUCAGAACAAGCUGCUGGUCGCAUCUCUUAAACGAGCGCAACAGGAGGAUGACAAGACAAUAACGCAACUGUUAGAAACAAUUGACGACCUGAUGAAGCAGAGUCCUAACCUCUUUAAAGAACCUAUUCCAGUGAAACCGGAGAAGAAUUUGAUGACACCUACACCGCCCCGAAGAAAUCGGUCAUCCAAGUCCCGAUCCCGAUCGGCCACGCCGGAGAGCGUAGAAGCAACCAGCGCCGAGGCAGCCGCCGCAACGGCCGCGCGCCUGCGCCGCCUCACCGACGAGCUGCGUGCCUCGCGCAUCGCUGAGCGCACGCGCCGCCAGCAGGCCAGUCAGCGACGGGCGAUGUCAACAGAACCGAGGGACACCUUAUCUGUCACGCCUUCAUCGCGAACGCCGUCUCGCGCUCCGUCGCUCAAAAAGCGGUCCAUUUCGCUGGAACAGACUACCAAAGAUCAGAGCGUAAUAUGGAAGACGGUGGACGAUAGUAGCGUGUCAUCGAUGCAAUCUUUGGACGGUGAUGGCGAUGGAAGACUAUUCACAAUGCAGCGCGAUGCUAGCCUUGACAGUCGAUUAUCCGGCGGAUCAGCCCAAAGCGACAUUUUGCCGACAGAGAAAAAGAAAAAGAAGAGUAUAUUCGGCAAACUGAAGAAGUUGACCAAAUCUCGAUCGAUUGACGACCAGGCUGAUCCUGAGGUUGUUGAGUUCAAACCUAUAGGCACUGUUUCACAGGGUUCGGAUUCGGACAUGAGUGCGGCUGGCGGCAGCAAACGAGACUUACGAGGUCGUCUAUCGGAUAUGUUUAGCAGAAAGGGGCAACUUUCACGCGGCAAUAGCAAGGAACUCGACGAUACCGGUCCUGAGCGGCCCGCCAGCGCGCUUGGAGUAAGCACGCGCCCCAUACUGCGGAAUGCCAGCUCAAAUACAUUACAACGCGCCUCUCCCGCCAAGCCGAACGACGCCCAGAGUUUGCGGGGAUCGAGUAUGACGCCCGCCGUGAAAAGGAAAGGGAAAUAAUUGAUACUAUUCAUGUUUCACAUCACUAUUCUGUAUUUAUCCAUCUUCCUUAAACUUUUCCAUAGCUUGUAAUAUCACAAUACAUAUCAGUACAUAUUGUAUACCUAUCGACACCUAUUACAACAUUAUACAUGUUUGUAUUGUAUGAUAACAAAAUGCUUUUUUGAAAUGCAGGCCGAAAACAACUAAAAAAUCGACCAUAGUGUAACGAUGGGUUGUACGACGUGUUUUUACAGAAAUUUUGGCUCUGUAUAGCGUAAAUCUUGUAAUCGGCUUUUUAAUUAAGCUAAGAAGUCUAGGAAAUAAACAAAGUAUGAUGUUUGUUGUCGAUAGCUAUACAAUCUAUAGCGUCACAAUAUAUAUAUACAGUGACCGCUCAACUAUUUCCUACUCCCUAACGUAGUGCGAAUUGCAAGGAUCCCUUCCUUCCAUGCAUCUUUCAGGUAGGGAAGUUUAGCAAAGUUUGUAGUUAUUUACUUGUAAUUUUAUAAUAAAAAUGUCGAUUGCAA